UUUUAAAUAAUUCUUUGUUUCAGAGACAAAAAAUGUCAGCCAGCGUGCAUUGUUUCUACUGUCGUGAGGACCUCGGCGGCAGGAGGUUUGUGCGCAACGAGGGUCGACCUGUUUGCGUGCGCUGCCACACCAAGUUCUGCGCCAACAGCUGCACCGAGUGCCACCGACCCAUCUCUGUGGAAUCCAAGGAGCUGAGCCACAAGGGCCGCUACUGGCAUGAGGACUGCUUCCGAUGCGCAAAGUGCUACAAGUCACUGGCCAAGGAGCCGUUCACCGCCAAGGAUGAGCGCAUCCUCUGUGGCAAGUGCUGCUCCAGAGAAGAGGCUCCACGCUGCCACGCCUGCUAUAAACCCAUACUUGCCGGGACACAGAGUGUGGAGUAUAAAGGCGACUCGUUCCACGACGAUUGUUUCACCUGCUGCCACUGCAAGCGACCGAUGGGGUCGCAGAGCUUCAUCGCCAAAGGAAGCGACGUCUACUGCAGCCCCUGCUAUGACGACAAAUUUGCAAAGAUCUGCGUCUCCUGCAAAAAGCCAAUUAUGUCCGGAGGAGUCAACUACCAGGGGCAGCCUUGGCACGGUCACUGUUUCGUGUGUAGCUCCUGCUCCAAGCCUCUGGCCGGGUCCAGCUUCACCACCCACCAGGACCAGGUGUUCUGCGUGGACUGCUACAAGAGCACCGUGGCUAAGAAAUGCAGCGGCUGCCAAAUGGCCAUCACAGGUUUUGGCAAAGGGGUCAAUGUGGUGACCUACGAUGGAGGCUCCUGGCAUGAAUACUGCUUCAACUGUAAGCGGUGCUCCCUCAAUCUGUCUAACAAGCCCUUUAUAGCGAAAGGAAGGGACAUCCUGUGCUCCGACUGCGGCGACGACUAGAAAACAGUUCCAACUGCUCCUUUCGCGAGACUGCACUUACACAAAGGUGUUAAAAGAUGUCUUCAUUUCAUUGACGGGCCCCAUUGACAUAGUAACAACUUUGCAGGGAUCAGCAAGCUGGCCGAGAGCGUUUUCGUUGAUAGCAGUAAAAUUUGACGAAUAUACGUGUGGAAGUAAACACACAUAUGAGAAAAUAUGAUGUGCUGUAUUCACAAAUGCUCUCUCUCUCUCUCUCUCUCUCUCUUUCUCUCAGCCUAUCUAUAUGUGACAACUGUCUACAGCAUCUAUCCAUUAGUGGGAAUAUUAAAUGAUAUUAACGAACAGAGAACUACAUAAGUGAUAAAUGGUCUGAUUGAAAUCCAUUCAUGUUUACCCUAAUGGCGAGGCAUGAAUUCAUAUUCAAUGCUUUUUUUUACCCAUUAGUGUUCGUUGUAAGAAAAGGUUGGCUUUUAUUGCUAUCGUUAUGAAAUUCUUAUGUUUUUUUUUACUGCAGCUGGAAAGUAAACAUUAGUAAUGCAUUCUUCAGAACAUGUUUUUGUUUUUUGGUAAAUAUAUAUUUUAGAUAUGACGCUAUCUAUCGGCUCGCUAGCUCUGUGUAGGCUUCCUCUCGUGCUACGCGAUUGAAUGAUUAAAUAUAAUGUUAAAGCUGUACAUUGUGUUCCAGUGACUUGCUUUUUUUUAAUCCCAUAUGCUCAUUUGUAUUUAAUUUGAAAGUGGCAUCUUUCACAACUGUUUUAAAAACGUUUAUGUGACAUACUUAGUUGUAUGUAUUAAAUUGAAUAAUUACUUUUCAUAACUCAGUCAUUGAUUUCUAUGUCUUUUUUUAAAGGAGUUGUCUCGUAAUGUUUGAGUGAUGUCCAGUAUAAAAUUUGCAUUCAGAAUGUG